CAAUAAAAAGAAAGUUUUUCCUCUUAAAUCUAAUUCUACCAUACCUAGUACCUAUCGACAUUGUUUCAGAGGAGUUUUGAUCGAGUGACUAAGAAUGGCGGAAGAAAUAAAGUUUUUCGAACUAAACACAGGAGCUAAAAUCCCUAGUAUUGGUCUAGGAACUUGGCAAUCUGCUCCUGGUCUUGUUGCUGAUGCUGUCACUGCUGCCAUCAAGAUCGGAUAUCGUCAUAUAGAUUGUGCAAAGAUUUAUGGCAAUGAAAAGGAAAUUGGUGUAGCUUUGAAGAAGCUAUUUGAAGCUGGUGUUGUGAAGCGCGAGGAGUUGUGGAUUACCUCCAAACUAUGGUGCAAUGAUCAUUCACCUGAAGAUGUACCAGUGGCACUUGAGAAAACUUUGCAGGAUUUGCAACUUGACUAUGUUGAUCUAUAUCUGAUUCAUUGGCCAGUUCGCUUUAAAAGUGGAUCUGUUGGAUUUGGGCAUGAAAAUUUCGUUGAGCCUGACAUACCUAGUACAUGGAGCGCAAUGGAGAAACUCUUUGAUGCGGGAAAGGCUCAUGCUAUUGGUGUGAGCAAUUUUUCCACAAAGAAGUUGGGGGAUUUAUUGGAAGUUGCGCGUGUGGCUCCAGCUGUCAACCAGGUGGAGUGCCACCCAUCAUGGCAGCAAGCCAAGUUACGUGCAUUCUGUAAAUCCAAGGGUGUACACUUAUCUGCUUAUUCACCACUGGGUUCCCCGGGUACAACAUGGCUCAAGAGUGAUGUUCUUAAGCAUCCAAUUUUAAAUGCAGUGGCAGAAAAGCUGGGGAAGACUCCAGCCCAGAUUGCUAUCCGAUGGGGUCUACAAAUGGGUCAAAGUGUGCUCCCAAAGAGCACCAGUGAGGCAAGGAUACAGGAAAACUUUGAAGUCUUUGAUUGGUCUAUUCCUCAAGAGUUGUUCUCACAGUUCUCUGGAUUUGAGCAGGCAAGGCUACUUAAAGGUACUUCAUUCGCCCACGAGAAUCUGCCUUACAAAACCCUUGAAGAACUCUGGGAUGGAGAGAUAUGAAACAAUCUUCAAAGAAUCAUUAGCUCAUUGUUAUCGGUGAUUUUUAUGAUAGAGCAACACUUGAUUAAAAAACUCAUUUACGAUCACCAUCCCUAGAAUGCCUAUUUGACAUGUAAUCAGUCUUCUCCACGAGGAGUGGAGUAAAAAUAAAGGUUUUGCCGACUUUUGUUUUACUAGUUACAAUUGUCAAAUGGACUAACUGUACCACCACAAGGUGAAUAGGUUAUCGGACUAAUAUGCAUAGAAUUUGCAGGA